AUGGUAUGGGCAGUCGAAUUAAAUGAACUAAUUAGCGAUUUGUCGUGGAGACAAUUACACUGGAAUGAGCUAAAAAAAGCCAAUGGAGAAAUUUGGUUUCCCACAUCUACAGAUGCAUCAAUUUAUACCUCAAAGCUGGGUGACUCGAAACAUCGUGGACACAAAUUAUAUGAUAAAUUGUUUGCUGAUACUGAGGACGAGACAAAUAAGGAUAAUAGUGGAAAAGAAAGCAACAACCUAUUGGCUAAAACUUCGACUGAAAGCUAUAAUGAUUCCAAGCAACAUGAUACAAAGCGGAGAAGUCACCAUAAGACACAUAAAAUUAAAGAGAAGAUAAAAAAGCAUUCAAAAGGAUUUUAUUAUUCAUCUCCUUCAUCUUCCCAAUCAUCCUCGUUUGCUCGGGAUGCACUACAAGACAAUAGUCAAGUCACUCCAGUUGAUCGACAAGUUGAAAAGCCUCGUGAUUCUCUUGUAUCUGGACUGAAACAUUCAAGGGGUGAUAGUCUUAUGAAUGAAUCCAAUCAAAGUGGAGUAGAAAAUGAAAAUGAGAUCACUGAGGAACUGCCCAAAUGGAAUGAGAAGUACACUAAGCAAUAUGUGACCCCGUCUAUAAAGGUAGAUGAUAAUUAUGUUGGUAAUGAAUCAAAUAUACUGAGUUUACAAAUUAAACCAAUAGAACAUAAGAGAGAUAACAGUUAUGAAAGAGCAAAUCAAAUGGACCCAUAUAAAAAUGAGAAAAAGGAAGACAUAGAAGAAAUAGAAAACGUAGAAGAGGUUGAUGACCUAUAUACAUCUGAACAGGAGCAUGCUAGUCAGGAAAUAAUUGCAAUAAAUUCAGACUUGAUUUAUUUCAAUACAGCACAAAUUAUUAAAUUAAGUUAUUUAAAAAAUAUCCAUCCAGCUAUUUUAACGUCAAUUCACAAGAAACUUGAUUUUAUUAUCAACAAACAGUUGUCAGAGAUCACAAAAUUAUCAGUCAACAUAGAUGACAAUUACAUAUCAACUCAUGAAAUGUUUUACAGUGGGUUUUUAAACGAAAUAAAGUCAUUAACACAUUUAAUCAAUGACGACUAUUCAAUUAAGAUAGAUAAUCUAUUAAGUAAUAGCGAUAGAUCAAUUGGUGAAAUUAAUACUUCCUUAUCUUUAGAACUAAGAAAAGCCAACGAAAAGUUGGAUAAGUUAAAUUCCUCAUUAUUUGGAAAUAUUGUAACAAAUACAUUUAAAGAUAAAGAUAUUUCUAUGUCCUUCACAGAUGGUGGUAAUUACAAGAUGCUAUAUCUACUUUUGGAAAAUUUUAUUGUUAUACUACUUAGAGUUAUUUGGGUGAUUGCCAACAUCUAUAGAUUUUUUAGAUUGAUCGUACAGAUCAUCUGGAAAAUAAUUUGGCAUAUUUUUUCAUUUUGUACGUUAAGUACUUAA